GUUUACUUCCGGGUUGUCAGGUCGCAAAACAAGAGAGACCACACACGCCCAUGACACGGAGCAAAGCGGAUUAAAGUCCCGUAGAGAUGGCAGGGGAGGCGGAGGAUGAGAUACCUGAUUCUGGAGCAGUUUUCACAUUUGGAAAGAGUAAAUUUGCAGACAACGUUCCGAGUAAAUUUUGGCUUAAAAACGACAUUCCUCUCAAAAUAGCGUGUGGUGACGAACAUACAGCCUUAAUAACAGAAAAUGGGAAACUCUUUAUGUUUGGCAGCAACAACUGGGGCCAGCUUGGGCUUGGAUCCAAAGUGACUGUGAACAAGCCCACUUGUGUCAAAGCUCUUAAAUCACAGAAGGUGCAUCUUGUGGCCUGUGGAAGAAAUCAUACGCUCAUUUGCACAGCUCAGGGAUGCGUGUACGCUGCAGGCGGCAACAGCGAAGGUCAACUGGGACUUGGCGACUGUGAGGAGAGGACAUCCUUCCAGAGACUGGAGUUCUUUGACUCUUGUGGGCCAAUCAGAAUGCUCGCUGCUGGUUCAAACACGUCAGCUGUGCUAACUGAGAGAGGGGAGCUGUUCAUGUGGGGGGACAACUCAGAAGGUCAAGUUGGCUUUGGGAAGGAGAGCCAUACCUGCUUGCCACAGGAGGUCAGCGUAGGACAGCAAAUCGCAUGGGUAUCCUGUGGAUACUACCACUCCGCUUUUGUGACAGUGGAUGGAGCUCUGUACACAUUUGGGGAACGUGACAGUGGUAAAUUGGGUCUGGGAACAGACCAGCUGCCUCAGCAUCGAGUCCCUCAGCUGGUGAAGCGCAUCCCCGAUCCUGUCACUCAGGUGGCCUGCGGUGGUGGGCACACCGUGGCCAUCACAGAGAAUGGAGUUUACACCUUUGGCCUGGGUCAGUUCGGUCAGCUGGGCCACGGGACAUUCAUAUUUGAGUCACGACUACCACGCCUAAUAGACCACUUCAAGAAGGGCAGAGUGUGCCAGGUGGCGUGCGGCGAGAAUCACACAGCUGUCAUCACAGACAGCGGCCUGCUCUACACAUUCGGCGACGGUAGACACGGCAAAUUAGGUCUGGGAGAAGAAAACUUUACAAACCAGUUUAAGCCAACUCUGUGUCCACGCUUCCUCAAGUACCAGGUCCAGGAGGCUGUUUGCGGUGGCUGUCACAUGGUGGUGCUGGCUCGACCCAGGGAUGCGAGCAGCGGCUCUGUGUUGCUUGAAGACAAUGACGUGACAGAGGAUUACCUGGAGAGACCGUAUGUGGAGCUACUGGGUGACACGGCAGACACCCCCACUCUGCAGCGGAGCGUCCCAGCCCGGGUUCGCCGGAGGGAGAGGGAACGAUCACCAGACCAGUUUGGGACCAUGUUCCGUACAUUAACUGUGACAUCGGGCUACCUGCAACCACCGCUUCCUGUCUCCGGCCACGCUAUCCCGCCCAGCCUGCCUCCAUCAGAGCUGGCUGGCAGAAAGGUGCUCCAUAGCGCUCAUCAACACGGCAACGCUGGGUCGAUCCACAAAGAACUGGCUGCCGGCAAGGCUGACGACUUUGUGGAGAGCCUGAGCGACUCGGACAGCGUGAAAGGUUUGGGAGAAACCACCAAUUUCCUUAACAUGACACAUGUGAUGAAGAUGGACCCUGGCAAUAAAACCCUCACACUUUCUCCAGUUCACAAGAAGAAGGGUAAGGAUGGUAUGACUUUCACGAGUCACAAAGGGAAACCAUUAAAAGAUGGAAAGGCACCCACCAAGCUUCUAAGGAGCUCCAGCGCUCACUCUCAAAAGAUGAUGAUGACCAAGCAGAACAAAGAGAAUGACAUCACAGCCUCAGAGAAGCCUAGGAAGGGUGCGAGGAAGGUUCCGUCCAGACAGCAGCUCCAGGCAGGGGCAGUCAGGAGUCAGCAAUUGGAGGCUGGCAGGAAACUGCAACCAGAACGUAAAGCAAGUUCUGGAAAACGUGUGCAAGAUCAAAGCAAACCAAGCACAGUCAGGAGUCAGUCACCAGCCUUCACUUUAAGAGAAGCACUUGAAAUGAGCCCUCAGGGGAAAAAGAACUCAAAAUCCAAAGAUCCCAAAGCAACAAAGAAUGAAAGAAACAAAAAGGAAGCAAAGUCCAAAAACUGUGAAGAAGCGCAAAGUUUGAGCCUGCUUGCUGGAGCGGCUUCGUUGCUGCAGGACGUGGUGGCGUUCAGCUCGCCUUCACCAUCUGAGAGCAGCCACCACGUCACCACGGACACAGUGACCCCAUCAGCCAAGCAUCAAUCUACUGAGAGCAUCAGCAGUCCUGCCACUCCAAGUCAGGCAGGCGAUCAAAGAGGAAGACAAAAAAUAUCAGGCACCCAGGAUCAGGAGGAGGAAGACCAGCACGGGCAGACAAGUGCAGACGCAAGCGAGGAAGAGGAAGAGGAGGACCAGAAAGGGAGCAGACCAAGUGCGGUUGCAAGUGAGGAAGAGGACGACCAGGCGGAGAAGGGGCCAAGUGCAGAUGCAAGUCAGGAAGAGGAAGACCAGAAAGGGAAUGAACCAAGUGCAGAUGCAAGUGAGGAUGAGGAGGACAAGACGGAAACAAGUGCAGAUGCAAGUGAGGAAGAGGACCAGGACGAGAAGGGAUCAGGUGCCAAUGCGAGCGAAGAAGAGGAGGUCAGUCGUGAGAAAGUCACAGACGCAGAUGAGAGCGACACUCUUCAGCCAGAAGACAAGUCAGGAACUGAUGACGAGCAAGAAAGCGAAAGUGCUCAAGAGGAGGAGGAAGAGGAAGCAUCUGUCAGGGAAAGUGAGGAUGAAGAGGAGGAGAGCCAAGGGGGGGAUGUCGAAGAAGAGUCUGAGGAAGAUGAGGAAGAGUCGAGCCUUGAAUCUGAAGGUGAAGAAGAAGAGUCUGAUAAUGACCAGGAGGGAAGUGAGGAAGAAGAGGAAGGCGAGGAAGAGGAGUCUGUGUCUUCAGAAGGCAGCGUUGAGGAGGAGGAAGAGGAGGAACAUAGUGAGGAAGCAGGAAGCGAAAAUGAAAGUGAGGAAGGCGAGGAGGAGGAGGAGGAGACUGAAAAAGAAGAGCAGAGCGAGGAGGAAGAGGGUGAAGAGGAGGGGAGUGAAGAAGAAGAGGAAAAUAGUGAGGAAGAGGAAGAUGAGGGGGAGGAGGAGGAAAAAAGUGAGGAGGAAGAGAGUGAAGAGGAGGAGCAAGAAAGUGAGCAUGAAGAAGAAGAGGAAGAAGAAGAGGAGGAGGAGGAGGAAGAGGAAGAAAAAAAGGCCAAGAAGAAAAAGUCUGAUGUCAGAAGUGCAAAAAAACAUGGUGGACCAAGGUCACGGGUCAAAGGUCAUGCAGCUGGAGAGUCUGAGGAGUUCUGGGACGAUGUUCUACCUCAGUACCUCAACCUGAAAUAACACACACAAUACCAGUGGAUGUACUGUACAUGUGUUGGUUUGGAAUAAAUCUUCCUUUCUCAUUGAGUCCACUUGUAAUAAAUGGCACAUAGAUGAUAGAUGACGCUCCAAGGUCAACACUUUUCAUUGCAGCAGGAUUUCACCCAACAACCUGGUCAGAUGAGCAGCGAAGGUGAGGAGGAUGAUGAAGAUGAGGCUCAGAAGGACGAUGAUGAAGAUGAGGAGGACGAAAAGGAGG